GGGCGGGCCGGCCGCCGACAACUCGGACUGUUCUGCUGCAGCUGCUGCUCCUACUGCUCCUACUGCUCCUGCUGCUCCUACUGCUCCUACUGCUGCUGUCCCUGCUGCUGCUGCCGCUGCCCGGGGAGAGCGGCCCCCGCGGGGAAGACAGCUCGCCUUGCGGCACGGAGAGCCAGCGGAAUAGGAAGCCUCCCCCGCCGGCAGCGGAUCGUUCCUCUUCAUCUGCUCGCUCGCCCUUCGGGUCAGGCUGCGAUGAGCGGACUGAGGUCUCCUGGGCUGCUGGGGCUGGUGCUCUUAAUGCUCUCGGCGGGAUAUUGCAAAGAGAAGAGCGACUCCGCGGAUCUGAAGGACAGGCAAAGCCUCUUAAAUCUUAUCAUGGAGAUCAUUCAGGAACUGAAGAGGUACCACCUGGAGAAGGACAGUGGGGUGCAGUACUUCUCCAAACACGACUAUAACUUAGACCGAAGGGAAGUGGCAGACUACGGAGGGUACCAGGAUGAGCAGAGAGUUGAAAUAGUUCCCAGAGAUCUGAGGAUGAAAGACAAGUUUUUAAAGCACUUAACAGGUCCACUCUACUUUAGCCCAAAAUGUAGUAAACACUUUCAUCGGCUUUAUCACAAUACAAGGGACUGCACCAUCCCAGCAUACUACAAAAGAUGUGCCAGGCUUCUUACUCGGUUGGCAGUAAGCCCAAUGUGCAUGGAAGGAUAAGAUAUUAUUACCAUGAAAAGAAAAACCAAGAACCAAGAGAAGUGCCUUGGAAACCAACAGGGAAAUAGAACUUACUACCUUUAUAACAUAUUCCAUUGUGAACAAGAGAUUUAUUUUUGCAGAUUGACAGACUACUUCCCAUAAUUCUUUUAACAUGCAUUUUGUAGGUUGUCAACAGUUGGCAGAUUGACAUUCUCUUUACAGUAGCAUAACUGCCAGUAGUACAUAAUGCUCAAUACUUAAAAAACACACUACAACUGAUGUGUAAUGCUGCCAAAAAUUAUGUAAACACAAAUAUUUCACCAUGAAAAUUGAUGUUCUAUUGCUUAAUUCUACAAUUUUAAGGAAUGUUUGUUUGUAUAUCUAGAACUACUAAAGAACUGCUCCACAGUAGUUGUGGUCACUUGAUAUCCUUCAUGCUUAUGCAAUUUUUUAAAAGUUUGGUUAAAACAGACUUGCAUUGGGGUCACAUUGUACCCUAGGAGUACAAAUUGCAUGACAAACAGAAAUGUAAUUCAAAGUAGACAUAUUUUUGGGGACAGUGGAGCAUGGAUUUUGUACACAAAACACAAGCUGCCAUUAAUUUACUUUAUAUAAUAAAUGUAUAAAACAUUCCAGCUAACGUGCAAUAUGUAAAUACUGUAAAUA